AUGUCAUCUUUAAUUGACGAAGAAGGUGUGAGCAUUAAAAGUAUUCGGUGGUUAAAUAGGCUUGGUGAGAUUCUACUUGAAAUGCGUAAUCUUGACAAAGCUUAUCGUUGUUUUCAAAGAGCAUUGAGUAUGGAGCGUCUCCUUUACCAAACCAAACCAAACAUGAAUACGAUGACAUCUUUAUAUUUUCUUGGGACGACGUCAUUCUACUUGUCAAUGUGUAGGGAAAGCAAAUUUUACUUCGAAUCGUUGGUGCAACUGUUUGAAUCAUUUGGUAGACCUAGCGCUAGAUUAAUGGACGUUAAGAAAGCCUUUUUGUACUUGGCGUUGGUGAGCCAGAUAUUGGGAAAUUCUGCGGAGGAAUCUGUGUGUUACUUCGAGAAAGGUAUAAAAGCAACCACAGGAAGCCGAAAUGAUGCAGAAUUAAAAUUAGAUUGUUUGCUCUACUGUUACUUAGCGGAUACAUGGCAUGCUCAACACAACCAAGAGCAAGCUUGGAAGUCUGCUUUGGAAGGAAAAGCCUGCAUAAGAAAAAUUGUUAGAGUUCAAGUCAGAGCACAAACGACUUGUCAUCUUGCUAACACCUUGGCUAAAAUACAGAAAACAAAUGAAGGAAUUGAAAUAUUGAAGGAAGAAGUUCAAGAACUCACUUCCCAGUCUCAGAUGAAAGAAAAAGCCUUGUGUCUGACGAAGCUUGGUAAACUUUGUUUUGAGCAAGGCUUGGCGUCAGAUGCCUAG